AUGGAAAAAUGCCCAAAAGAAAUUAUGCUAAAAAUUGCCGGGCUGCUCGACACCGGUUCUUUAUUAAAGUCCAACACCUACAUAUUAAAAAUGACACUUACCGGACACCGUGGUGCCCGAGAAAUCCAUGUUACCGACUUGGAAAAAUUGGAAGCUCAUGGUCUAAAACUAGAACCUGGAAAGCAAAGCCUAACCAUCUCCAAAACCAUAAAAGCAGUGGCCCCUAUCAAAAAAUUCUUUAUCUACGUGAAGGACCCAAGGAAAUAUGUUCUGAAGUUUGUGACCAAUGACCUUCGUCUGUUUUAUGCAAAGAAGAUAAACCUGAAACAAUUAACGCUCGACAAACGAAUGUAUGAGGCUUUUGAAAUUGCUUUUAGGGAGAAAAGAAAGGUCGUAAAAGCGUUAACCCUAGAUUCAUGUCGAAUCGAAGUCCAACCGUCGGAUUUUCGAAAUUUUUUAUUAUGGAUUGGCCCUCGAGAAUUGACGAUUUGCCAGCUAAUUACGACAAUGCUUGAUGAAUGCGAUGGCUACGUCGAAACGCUAUUUUUCCUUAUAGUGGUCCCAUACCUUGAUUAUCUAUUCCUGGAUAAAUUCCGGAGCAAAUUCCAAUAUACGUGGGAAGAUGGGACUGACCUAGCGUUAGGAGUUCAUCGAGUACAUGGAGAUGAGGGAGUCAAAAUUACUGGGGACAUUCUACCUCCCUUCAUGAGUAUUUUGCGAUUUUAUAACAUGGAUGGCAUGGACGAGAGGGAUUUUUAUAAAUAUUUGGAGAAUUGGCUCGCCGGCACCCAAAAAAUAACAUUCUGGCGUUUCCAAUUGUGCUACCAGGAAUAUUUUGAAGACGAAAACAACCAGCACCAAAAAUUCCGGGCCCGCUUUUUGGAUCGUAUUCCGGCAAAGUCGUGUCUGGUUCGAGCCGAGCCGGAGUAUUUCGAAUUCUUGACGCUGGAAAGUGAACGAGGCGGGACGUUAUUUAUCAAUUUCCGGCAAGUGGCCGCAAGGGAAAAGUCGCUCACCUGGAGUCAAGACAGAUGCAAGUGGCCGCAAGGGAAAAGUCGCUCACCUGGAGUCAAGACAGAUGCAAGUGGCCGCAAGGGAAAAGUCGCUCACCUGGAGUCAAGACAGAUGCAAGUGGCCGCAAGGGAAAAGUCGCUCACCUGGAGUCAAGACAGAUGCAAGUGGCCGCAAGGGAAAAGUCGCUCACCUGGAGUCAAGACAGAUGCAAGUGGCCGCAAGGGAAAAGUCGCUCACCUGGAGUCAAGACAGAUGCAAGUGGCCGCAAGGGAAAAGUCGCUCACCUGGAGUCAAGACAGAUGCAAGUGGCCGCAAGGGAAAAGUCGCUCACCUGGAGUCAAGACAGAUGCAAGUGGCCGCAAGGGAAAAGUCGCUCACCUGGAGUCAAGACAGAUGCAAGUGGCCGCAAGGGAAAAGUCGCUCACCUGGAGUCAAGACAGAUGCAAGUGGCCGCAAGGGAAAAGUCGCUCACCUGGAGUCAAGGCAGAUGCAAGUGGCCGCAAGGGAAAAGUCGCUCACCUGGAGUCAAGGCAGAUGCAAGUGGCCGCAAGGGAAAAGUCGCUCACCUGGAGUCAAGACAGAUGCAAGUGGCCGCAAGGGAAAAGUCGCUCACCUGGAGUCAAGACAGAUGCAAGUGGCCGCAAGGGAAAAGUCGCUCACCUGGAGUCAAGACAGAUGCAAGUGGCCGCAAGGGAAAAGUCGCUCACCUGGAGUCAAGACAGAUGCAAGUGGCCGCAAGGGAAAAGUCGCUCACCUGGAGUCAAGGCAGAUGACGACUUCACGAAAACCUUGAAUGUGCGCUACGCAGCGCGUAUGGUCGUUGUACGCAACUGUACGGCGCUGCAAGUGGCCGCAAGGGAAAAGUCGCUCACCUGGAGUCAAGACAGAUGCAAGUGGCCGCAAGGGAAAAGUCGCUCACCUGGAGUCAAGACAGAUGACGACUUCACGAAAACCUUGAAUGUGCGCUACGCAGCGCGUAUGGUCGUUGUACGCAACUGUACGCUGGUCAGCAAGUGGCCGCAAGGGAAAAGUCGCUCACCUGGAGUCAAGGCAGAUGCAAGUGGCCGCAAGGGAAAAGUCGCUCACCUGGAGUCAAGGCAGAUGCAAGUGGCCGCAAGGGAAAAGUCGCUCACCUGGAGUCAAGACAGAUGCAAGUGGCCGCAAGGGAAAAGUCGCUCACCUGGAGUCAAGGCAGAUGACGACUUCACGAAAACCUUGAAUGUGCGCUACGCAGCGCGUAUGGUCGUUGUACGCAACUGUACGCUGCAAGUGGCCGCAAGGGAAAAGUCGCUCACCUGGAGUCAAGACAGAUGCAAGUGGCCGCAAGGGAAAAGUCGCUCACCUGGAGUCAAGACAGAUGACGACUUCACGAAAACCUUGAAUGUGCGCUACGCAGCGCGUAUGGUCGUUGUACGCAACUGUACGCUGGUCAAGCAAGUGGCCGCAAGGGAAAAGUCGCUCACCUGGAGUCAAGGCAGAUGCAAGUGGCCGCAAGGGAAAAGUCGCUCACCUGGAGUCAAGACAGAUGGUAAGAGCGGCGAACCAAGCACAGCUUCGGUU